AUGACCGGACUAGAACAGACGCUGGCGCAUCCUGCCUCAAAGAGAGUCGGUGCGGUGGAAGCCAAGUGCAGUCCCAGCCAGGCCUGGACGAUGGUCCCGCCCAUGCAGGCUUUGUGUCCGGCUCCGGGGCUCCCCGAGGAC